AAGUGCGACGAUCAUUUUCUUCUUAUCAGUGUUUGUGAUGAUUGCAAAUAUUUGAAAAUAACGAGAAAGCAAAGAACUUUAUCAGAACUUAAUGUAGACUUUCCCGUCCAGACGCACGUGAUUCAAAACUUCUAACGGGGAACGAUCAUCUUAUCGAAGAGAUAGAAGCGUGAGAUCUCCAUUAGUGGAGACGAUAAAACAGCUGAACAUUUCGAGUGUUCAUGGCUCUUUGAUAAUGUGUCGUGUAUUUUAAGACGCGGUUGGUUUGGUCAAUUAUUUUGCGGUCUCUCAGGUCGUACACCUGUCCGUCGUGAAGUUGCAGACGGGAGUAGGAAGGGGUUAUGGUCAAUAAACGCAACGUCACACGCAGCCUAUCGGCGACCCCGCUUGGCCCCUUAAAGUGGCACCCAACGAAAAUCUUACAUGUCGGCCGAUAUUGCUUUUGUGCGUUUGUCUCCGGGAUAUCUUGAGAAAAAUCGGACUAAUUUCCAUAGGAGCGGCAUUGGCGGACGCGUUCCACUGCAAGAAAGAUUCGGAUGUAAAAUCGGAUCGGUUCACGACACGGUUUAGCUUCACGGUGAAUUAAUUGUGCGUUUCAAUGAAUUGACCGAAUUGCGUCCGCCAUUGUUGUGAUUGGUGAACGUUCCAGGAAGACGGCGUUCUUAGAUUGGUGCGCAUGCGCGUCGUGUGCUACUUGACGACGCUCUUCUUUCGAAUUUUGGGAGACACGCACACAUAAAAGCAACGUGACACAGGUAAUUUGUAAUAUUCAAAUGUAACGUAAGAAUUAUAUUGUAUACAAAGGUAUACGAACAAACAUUUAGUCAAUAUCAAGAAAGGAGCAACAAAAUUGGCUAAAUAUUUAGCCAAAAACGUAUGCAUAAAAUAUAUUUUGUGAAAAGUUUGGUAUUUAAAACUUACGAAAAUGACAGAUUAUAUAGAUGAUUGUACUUAUGCUGUGCAUAAUUGCAUGUUAUGCCUAAGGCUAAGAGAAAAUCUUACCUUCAAAAGGUAAGGGAAAUGCGAGAAUAUAGACGGCAAAAAUUAAGAUCAGAAACGAUUGAAGAACGUGCUGUGAGAUUGUAUACUGCUGCAGAAAGAAUGAAGAACGCCAGAGCAAAAGAAACAGAGGAGCAGGCAGCGAUAAGAAGAAUGCAAGAAGCUCAGCGUAUGGCUAGGCAUCGUGCUAAAAAGAAGCGUUGUUUGGAUGAAAAUUUGGCAAGAGAAAUUUCAAAAAUUGCAGAACUUUCAAAAAUGCCGGAUGCAGCAACGAUAGCUCAAAUGUCAGAAAUGAAUAUGAAUAAAAUUUCUGCAGAGCUGAAGCAAAUGAUGGAAAGGGGAAAAGUACCAGAACAUAUAGUUCAAAUGGCUCAACUUGCUGAAUUCAGCAAAAUGACUGAAUUAAAUAAAAUGUCUCAAGAUAUGGCUAAAAGGUACGAAAUGGAAAAAAUGGCAGAGUAUGCCAAGACAACAGAAUAUAUAAAGAUGCAAGAAAUUGCAAAGAUGUCUGAAAUUGCCAAAAUGAACGAAAUGGUGAAACUUUCUGAGAUGGCUAAAUACAAUGAUAUAACAAAAAUUAACGAGAUUGCCAAAAUGAAUGAAAUGAUGAAGAUGUCACAGAUGGCAAAAAUUAAUGAAGUUCAAAGAAUGAACGAAAUAGCUAAACUAAACGAGAUGGUAAAGAUGACAGAAAUGGCUAAAUAUAAUAACGACAUAACAAAAUUAAAUGAAAUUGCACAAAUCAACGAGAUGGCUAAAGAAAUUGCAAAAAUGAAUGAAAAAACAAAAAUGAACGAAAUGAUUAAAAUGGCGAAUAUACAAAAUGAUAUCACAAAGAUGCCCGAGUAUUCCAAAAUGGCAGAAAUGGCAAAACUAACAGAGUUAGCUAAACUAAAUGAAAUAACGAUAACAAAAUUAAAUGACCCUCCGCCACCAAAGGUACCAGAAAUUCCUCGAAUCCCUGAACCUGUGAUCACUGUGCCAAAUCCACGAAAUUUGCAAAAUGUUCAAACUGUUCAAGUAGCACAGGCUAGUCCAUCCAGUACAAUAAACUUUCCUACUGUACCUGGUCAGGGCAAAUAUGCUCAGUUACUGGUUAUUAUCGAAGAACUAGGAAGAGACAUUCGCCUUUCUUAUGCUGGAAGUCGCAGUGCAGCCGAGCGUCUUAAAAUGGGUAUUCAGCAUGCUAGAAUCCUUGUACGAGAAUGUCUACUGGAAACAGAACAUAAUGCACGGCAAUGAUCUGCCAAUACACUUAGCGAAUAGAUUUUUAGCAGAUUAUUUUAGAUAAUGCUAUGUACAUUGUAUGGAGUACAGCAGUAUAUUUUAAAGGGAGUGUCUUAGCAUCCACAAAAUUAUGCAUAAAUAUCUAAUACUUACUAUUUCAUAUUUUAUACAAUUUUAUCAGUUGUAAGUUUAAUAAAGAAAAGUGUAACAGGUUGAGGAAAUAAUAAUUAUGUAACCUAAUAUCGCUUUAAAUAAUAAUUGAACUGAUUUUUAGAAAUAAUGUACACUUUUGUGGAUGCCUAAAAGAAAUUAAUCAAUUUAUAAUGCAUAAUAUUGGGUAUAAAUUUAAAAAAAAGAAAUUCUUUUCUCCUUUUGAUUUCGUUUUCUCUAUUAUUAUUGGAAGGGACUUAAAGAUCACCAUUUUCUAUGCAUAGAUACAAAUCGUGAAGGAUUCGUUCCUUCAUAUUAAGUUCUAAUUUAGUAAAUAGGAAAAUAAUAUUAAGCAGAAACAAUUUGUAC